GUUCUGAUUCGUAUUUAAUGUAAGAAUUUGUGUCCAUGCUGUUCAAAUCCUCUUUACUAUUUGUAACGGAAACAGUGAAGAGUAUCUUCACUUCAAACAAUGUAAUGACAACUCAAUAUGCUGCAGUUUAUUUAUGUAUGUAUUUUAUGCAUAUGAGCUUGUCAUUGCGAACAUCCUCUCCCAAGAAUUCCAAGAAUGCUGUACAAAUCCUCUUCACUAUUUGUCAUGUAAAAUAGGAUCUCCCAUUGUUGAACGAUAUAUAUUUUAAUGUCAACUGCAGCUUCAUUCGUCAGUCAUUGGCAAUCUGUCUGAAUGGCCUCUCACUAGGUUUCUCCCAUUUUUCCUAUAUGUUAAAGUUUUGUUGUUUUUUUUGUUUGUUUUUUUGCAAUAUCAUGUUAGAAAGGCUGUGCUAGAUUUGAGACAGUUGUCAAUGAGGGCAUUUAAACCCAUUGAUACCAUUUAUGUAAUACUGGGCUAGACAAUUGUGAUACGGAGCUUUAAUGUCCACUAGGGGUGUAACCUUACCUGUAUUCAUCUCAAAUCGUUAGUACAGGAUGUUCAGUUUUUGUAUGCAACUUUCUCAGUAUGGUAUGCCAUGUGACUUAAACAGUUGCUGUCAGAAUAGCCUAUUAAUGGAUACUACUCGCCUGCAGAAAACAAACAUUUUAGAGUUUUACCUGGAAAGUUUUGGCAGUGCACCAGUUAUUGUCUAUCAGCUGUAGUGUGCUUGUCGGAUUUGCCUGGUUAGACUCAAGCUAAUGUAGUGUUGCUGCUAUCCGAAUGGCAAACACAAAUGAAAGACUGGAUCUGGAAGAUCCUCACUAGCCAUUUUGCUCCACUAUAUGGGAGCAUAAGCUAGUGAAAAUGGACAAAGAUUGGUGUCAAACUGUAGUUGAACAUUGUUCAAAUGAAGUCGAGCAUGUCUGUGGAAACACUUAAAACAUGUUAAGUUAUUUACGACAGCAUCACUUGAAUAUGUCGAUUGGUUGAAUGAGACAAAUAACAGACUGGAAGGCAGGGCCUUCUCCCCAGUGUUCAGGCAGCCUCUCGCUGAAGAUUAGGACUGUGCCAAAGCAAUAACUAACGCUAUUAAAAUAUUGAUCACUACAGAUAUAUGACCAUAAUAAGUUGCAGAGUAUACAGGCUUUAAGUAUACAGUCAAAGUGCUUGAGCUUUGCUUCAGUGUACCUUCCAUGUGCAUGUUAAUCAGUGAAUUGUGGCCACCAUGUAUAGAUGAGCACAAGCUGCAGUUCAACACCUUCACAGUCUGCAUGACUGUGUGAGGGUGUUAAAGAGCAGGCCCAUGCUGUCAUGACCAACUUGCCAAUGAUCAACAGAAAGCCAGUUGUGAUAAAAUCAGUGACCGCAGACAGGUAUGUGUCCAUUUGUAAACCUCUUUAAUAUUGAACUAACAUGGGAAAAACCACAGUAUUUUCCUGGUUUUACCUUGGCUUGUGCCUGCUUGUCAAACUGCAUUGCCAUCAACAUUGAGUUCUGAUAUCAAAAUCCGUAAUUUCACUUUAAAAGGAUUUUUUUGUAACAUUUAAAUUUACAGUCUAAACUGUGUGACUUCAAAAGCAAUAUCUAUAUUUGGUGUUUUUGCUCUACUAAAAAUUGAGUUCUGUUGACAUGGAACAAAUAUUUUGGGGAUCUGAAUCAAACCAUCGACAUUGCGAUUAAAUGGGAACAAACAUGAUUAUUGCCACAAACUUACAGCCCACUGACAUGAAAUUGUACUGGUCUAAUUAAAAACUAUGGUGGGUCCUUGCUCCAAUUCCCAAAAAAGCAGGGCAGGGCAAUUAUUUUUCCAUUUUCUGCAGAGGAAACAGCUCUCUGCCUGACUAUGUGAAGGUGUUGAUGAGCAGGCCCAUGCCAUCAUAACCAUCUUGCCAGUGAGCAACAGAAAGCCUCUUGAGAUAAAAACAGUGACUGCAGAGGACCCGCCAUCACCCUGCUAAACCGGAAAGUCCAAUUGGUUCAAUUCUCAAAUUUCGACUUCCAUCAGACACCAAAGUUGGAAAGAUGGCCUAUUGGGGCACAGUGCUCAAGUAAAACACUUCGAACAACUCUGUGACUUCAGGCCUCCAGAGUUUCUUUAUGUACUAGUUUAAUGAGAUCCUUGGAGGGUGAAGCAAUGUAAUAAAACAGAUUAAAACAGUUAAUUUUGCUGACUUUUUAGAGAUGACCACAUUAAGUCUAUUUGAAGGUUGUGUAGCUUUUGAAUGAGUAAGAUGCUCUAGUAUAGCUUAGAUAUUGGUGUAACUAUUAUACUGAGACUUCAUAUUUGAAUUAUUGUUCAUGUACUCAUGUGGUUAUAUAAUCUGUCUUAUUAUUGAACAUUUAGUUUUAGAUAACAUAAAUGGAUGAUAAGUUAAAUGUAACAUAUAUAACUCUGAGUGGGCAUGUGGAAAUGCACAAAUACAGAUAUCUUUAUUUUUUGAUUAUGUUCACAGUAUACAUUCUAAUAAUCUGCAGUAAUUCUACAGUUGUGUAUCUUAUCUGUAUCCACAAAAACCUUCAUGAGCCUAUGUACAUUUUCAUUGCAGCUUUGCUACUUAACUCUGCUGUUCUCAGCACUGCUAUGUACCCAAAGUUGUUAAUUGACUUUUUAUCUGAAAAACAGAUCAUAUCAUAUCCAGUCUGUCUCUUUCAAUUUUUCAUGUUUUACUCCAUUGGUAGUUCAGAGUUCUUACUGUUGGCAGCCAUGUCCUAUGACAGGUAUGUGUCUAUAUGUAAACCUCUGCAAUAUCCAACUAUCAUGACAAAAACCACAGUGAGUAUUUUCCUGGUUUUAGCUUGGCUUGUACCUGCUUGUCAUAUUGCAAUCCCAGCAAUACUGAGUGCUGAAACUAAACUGUGUAACUUUACUUUAAAAGCAAUAUUUUGUAACAAUGCAAUUUACAGACUCCAGUGUGUACAAUCAAGAGUAAUUACUAUACAGGGUGUGGUUGCUUUAUUAGAUCUUGCAAUUCUCCCCAUGCUCUUCAUCAUUUUUACAUACACAAGGAUACUUAUGAUAUCCUAUCGAAGUUGUAGAGAAGUCAGGAAAAAAGCAGCAGAGACCUGUUUACCCCAUUUGUUAGUUUUAAUCAGUUUCUCCUGUUUGAGUGCAUAUGAUAUCGCUAUAGCUCGGGUGGAAUCAAAUCUUCCAAAAACGACACGAUUAAUAAUGAUGUUACAAAUAGUUUUGUAUCAUCCUUUGUUUAACCCACUUAUAUAUGGCCUCAAAAUGAAAGAAAUUUCUAAACACCUCAAAAGGUUGUUCCGUCCAGCCAAAAUCAUUUGAUGUAAAAACAGUGAUUUAUAAGGUACAGUCAUUUCUUCUGAAAUAAUCAUGCAGACAGGUGAAUUCUUGGAGUAUUUAAUGCACGCACUUUUUUCCAUUACAGACUCUCCACAGGUCCAGUGUAUAACAUUUAGGAGGAACUAUUGUCAGAAAUAGAAUAUAAUAUGAAUAUAUAAUAUUUAUAGGUAUGUUUUCAUUAGUGUAUAAUUAACUGAAAAUACAAAUUUUCCUUGCCUUAGACAGAGCUGUUUUUAUCUACACAGGGAAGGCCAUGUUGAACCGCAAUGUGACUACAGUAGCUCGUAAAGGAUAAACCAAACACUGGCUCUGGACAGGGCCUUUCACCUUUUUUGCGAGCCACUGUAGUUUCUCCGACAGAAGUGGUACUGAGUUAGUUGUAAUCUGUUGUAACUUCAUUGCUAGAUAACCCUACAUCCUACACACUGGUCCCUCAACAGUAAAGAGACUCUUGUUGCUCUGUUUGUAAUGGAAACAGCAAAAAGUGUGCUGAGCUUGAACAAUAUAAAGGCUAAUUAAUUUGGUGUAAUUAUUCAUAAUUUUAUUUGCUGCCAUGAAUUUAGUUAUCAAAAUUAGACACUGGUUACAAGUAUUGACAUUGAUCAUUGGCUCUGAAUGUCUUGCUAAAAUUAAAUGUUGGAUUUCAGCUAUAUAAACUAUUAAAGCCCAUGCCUAACGUGUAAAGACAACACUGACAGUGUGUACAGUACAGUACUGUAUUCUAAUAAUGCUUAUUAUUCAUUUAAUUUUUUUUAACAAUGAUAUUUGCUGCUCUCUGUUUUUGGUCUUCCACGGCUGCACAAGCUGACUCAGGAGAAAAUCAUUAUUUGUCACGUCAAGCUGUGACUUUAGAUUUGGUGUGCUGGAACAAACAGGGAAAGCAAGUGUGUGUGUGUGCGUGUGUGUGCGUGUGUGUGUGUGUGUGUGUGUGUGUGUGUGUGUGCGCGGUGGUUGGUGCGCUGGCAUCUGCCUUGAUUUUCAAGUUAGAAGUGGCCUUUUGAUAAAGCUGAAAUGGCAUGUAUGUUUGCAACAAAACAUUCUUUACAUUUAUGAGAAAAAUAAAAUCUAAAUAAACCUUAAA